CACGUUGCCCUUGGCCUCGCCUCGGCCUCGCCCGCUGCUGCCUCCCGCCACCUGCAUCCUGCCGCCGGCCGCAGCGACGAGCAGCCGCCUGCGCGCGCGUCUUAUGACCAGCGCGCCCUCACGCACGGCACCAGUUCCCCGCCCGGCUGACCAGGCGGUAUAUUAGUCGACGCUGCCCGCCCACGCGGCCUGUUUGCUGCUCAACAUCGCCCCAAUGGUCACAAUGGCAUCGAAUGGAUUGCCCGUGCCCGCCCAUAAUAGCAACUACCUCGAGAAUGGCCGCUACUACCACGGCUACCGGAGAGGCAUCUACCAAUAUCCGUGCGACGAGCCUGAGAAAGACCGCAUGGACAUCUACCACAAGCUGUUCUGCGUCGCACGGCGCGACAUGCUGCACCAGGCCCCCGUGCCACAGCACGGAGAAACUCGCAUUCUCGACCUGGGCACCGGCACCGGCAUCUGGGCGAUAGACAUGGCCGACAAAUUCCUGAACGCCGAGGUUUUGGGCUUAGAUCUGGUCAACAUCCAGCCGGAACGAAUCCCCCCGAAUCUGCGUUUCCGUGUACCACGCGACUACGAGAGCCCGUGGACGCUAGGCGAGGACUCCUGGGACCUGAUCCACCUGCGAUUGGCCUGCGGCAGCGUCUCGAGCUGGCCAGAGCUGUACCAGAAAGUUUUUGCACACCUGAAGCCCGGCAGCGGCUGGAUAGAGCACGUUGAAAUCGACAUGCAGCCGCGCUGCGACGACGGCACCCUCGAUCCCAAGGGCAAGCUGGUCCAGUGGUACGGCUACCUCGCAGACGCGACAUGGCGAGUCUCGCGCCCAAUCGCAUACGACCACCGGACGCGCGAGAACCUGCAGGCCGCCGGCUUCAUCGACAUCCAGGAAACCGUGAUUCGUGUUCCUUACAACUCGUGGCCCAAUGAUCCUCACCAAAAAGACAUUGGCAGGUGGUACAACCUAGGCAUCACCGAGGGACUGGACGCACUGUCAUUUGCCCCUCUCACCCGCGUCUACCAGUGGGACCUCAACGCCCACGUCAAACCACUCCUUGACGGCGUCAAGAAGGAGAUCUGCAAUCGCAAGAUCCAUGCGUACAACAACAUUCAUAUCUGGACUGCCCGCCGACCCCAGCAGUAGCAUCUCAGUCUGCUAAAAUUGCGCUUGUAAUGCCAAUAACGCCGUUGCUAUUUCCGACUGUGUUCGCCCGCCACGACUCCGCUCUGGCCAACACCUUCGACAACCUGGACCGCAUUGCAUUCCUGCGUUUGUUGUUUCGGUCUACAUGCGACUCUCGAGAGACCGGUCAGCAACUCUCGACAGUCGCCCCGGCUUUACGCACAUUCCAUAUUCCGGGAGCGUACCGUCAGCCCCAAAAGUGCACCCGUUCUACACGCUAAGAAUGG